AUGUUAAGAACCAAUCUAAUAAGAAGAUACGCCACCCUUCCACCAAAUGCAUUGAAACCAGCAUUUGGUCCUCCAAAUACAGCAAUGGCAAAUGCCUUUAAAAAGACAUUACAAACUGAAGAAGGACAUGCUUCUCAUACUAAGAAUUUAUGGUUCAAGAUAUCAGUCUGGGUUGCUGCACCUGCUAUCUUACUAACGGCAUUAAAUACAUAUUUUGUUGAAAAGGAACAUGCUGAACAUAGGAAACAUUUAAGUCAUGUUCCUGAUUCUGAAUGGCCAAGAGAUUACGAAUUCUUAAAUAUGAGACAAAAACCUUUCUUUUGGGGUGAUGGUGAUAAGACUUUAUUCUGGAAUCCUGUCGUUAAUAGACACAUAGAUCAUGAUGACUAA